GGACUGCGCCCGUGAUUAUUUGGCUGAACUUGAAGCGGCGGCCUUUGAGAGAAGCCCCGAGUCUUCUGCCUGCGCCGCAGAUCAACCACAGCACCGUGGACUGCAGCAGUGCAGCACUGAGCCAACAAACUGCGCCAACUGCACUCCUCCUCAGCAAUAAUCUUCGCCCUUCGCUGCGUACCGCCAACAGCGGUUAGUAAGUAGGUGCUGCUCUUCACUGCACGUCCCUAGUCCAGCUUCCACACCACCAACUGCACUACACUACUACACGACAUCGCACUCUACUUCCAUUUCCACCACUACUACUAUAUUGGUCGCUGGCUGGUCGCUAUUGUUCAUUCAUCUACACGUCGACGUCCGCUAUUCAUCUUCUAUAUCCAGCAGCCAUCUUCCGUCUGGUUACACGUCUUCGGUCCCUCUCCUUCGUGCAUCAAUCCAAUCCAUCCAGAUUCCGCCCCGAAUCCCAAUCGUUCUCCUCCUUGCCGCUUGACAUUUCCGGUAAAUGCCUAUUCUCUGUUCUCACGACUAGACCUUUCGAAGAAAAAGCUUAGCUUGCCUUGGACAUUUCCAUAUUUUUCUUGCUGGUCAACGAUCCUUCUUACCGCCGGGAUUUUGCGACUCGAAUCCAUUGACCGUUGACCGAUUGAGCAUCGACUGCUCAACUCGAGGCGCGACGCGCGGUCGAUAUCGAGACCUCUUUUCGGAAUCCUAUCCUUCGCUUUGGCAGCGACCCGUCACUCUGUUGCUUUCUCCCUUUUUGCUCGAUCAAUACAGCCAGAUAAACAGACAGAACACAAGGAAACUUCACUGCCUCUUUUUUGAACACAGUGCACAUGUGUACGGCGUGAUCCCGAGCAAGAACACAAGGCACUCUUUCGGUGACCGCUUCAUCUGCCCGUGAGUACUUAAGUUCACUUCACGCGGCGCUCUCUCUUUCACACCCACCACCUUUCUGACCUACCAAGCCUGCUCGUGUUCGCAAUCUCGACACCGCUACCCAUCUGAGAAACAAAGACGGAAUGGUUGUCGCAACGAUCAAGUGUGUGGUUGUCGGUGACGGCGCGGUCGGCAAGACAUGCUUGCUUAUCUCGUACACCACCAACAAGUUCCCUUCGGAAUAUGUCCCGACCGUCUUUGACAAUUACGCCGUCACGGUGAUGAUCGGAGAUGAGCCAUACACUCUUGGUCUAUUUGAUACAGCAGGACAAGAGGAUUACGACCGGCUUCGACCUUUGUCAUACCCGCAGACCGAUGUCUUUCUCGUCUGUUUCUCCGUCACUUCGCCAGCAUCGUUUGAGAACGUGCGAGAGAAAUGGUUUCCCGAGGUCCACCACCACUGUCCCGGUGUGCCAUGUCUGAUCGUCGGAACUCAGACCGAUCUACGUGACGACCCACAAGUCCGUGAGAAACUCGCCAAACAGAAGAUGCAACCCGUUCGUAAGGAGGAUGGUGAAAGAAUGGCCAAGGAGUUGGGCGCGGUCAAAUACGUCGAAUGCAGUGCUCUCACCCAGUACAAACUCAAGGACGUCUUUGAUGAGGCAAUCGUUGCUGCUCUCGAGCCUCCACCAAAGAAGAGUAGUAAGAAAUGCACGAUUCUUUGAUGAGACUCGGUUUCAUCUUUCCCAUCAAUGGAUCGUGUCAGGGAUUUCCCAGCCAUUCCAAGCAUCUUUGGGCUUUCCUACUACUUACUACUCGACAUUGGAGAGAGAGGACACAUGACAGCUUGGGGCAGAGGCCGUCUUGGACAGAGAGACCUGUUGUUCAUCGGCGAGUUGGCCAUGGAAGUACGGAUUUGUUUGCCAUUCUGCAGACACAAUUGCAGAUGAGAUACCGGUCGGGGCAUGAUGGGCUUCCACCAACCGAUUCAUAUGGCUUGUUCUUGCCUUUUUUUUUUCCUUUUUCUCUCUUUUUCUAGCUGUGGUGCAAUGCGGCGGGUGCAGGCGAAUGGGCGCGACACACAACAACACAAUAGGCACAAUGGAAAGCUGCAGUGAGGCAAGGCAGGCGAAAUCAAAUCCCAAUCGAUCAAUCCCAAGAAAGUCUGACCCAAACGAGAUGUCUUUUCCUCGAGUUUUUCAGGGAGAGAAACAUCCUAUCCAUUUGGAGCUUGAAUCGUGCCACAAUCGUAGUAGUACUAUUAGUAGUAGAGCAGUAGUCCUGAUUGAUAUGUGGUAAAGCAAAAAACGCC